UCUAUGUAACUGAUUCAAUUUAAAAUACCAUGAGUUAGAGUUCUUAUCACAGGCCUUUGUUGGGUCCAGCCUGAAGUGUGGAUGUGAAAUCACUCUCCUGUGGACCCACCACCUGCAGAAGAGCUCAAAAGGGGCUGGUGCAAUGUUGUUUGGGUGGCAGUCAAAGGUGUGUGCCUUGGUGGACCAACUUCCAGUCACAAAAUUUGGCUUUUGGGACUAAAAAUGUCCUCUUUCUGGGAGGAAAGUGGCCUGCGGCUUGUGAGGGAGAUUGAGACGUAGCAGCUAGAAAUAGUCUGGCUCACUUCCACGUACAGCCCAGGUUCUGGAAUUCAAUCCAAGAGGGGGGGACUCCUUGUUAUUCUGGAGAUUCUCAUAGUGAGACAGCUGACCUGUCAGGUGUUGUGGUUCACCCUGGUGGAUGAGGGGGCCAUGCCUUCAGGCAGGGGAUAGGUCUCUGACUGCCGAUCAGCAGUUCAGACAACCCGGCCAUCUUGGUGUUUCUCUGAGAACUACUGGAAAUCCUCCCAAGGGGGGUCUCCAUGGUCCUCCUCAAUGUCCACUUCCCAUCGACCACUCUCAUGCCCACAUGGGCAAAACACCAUGUUGGAACAAAAGGAUGUCCAUCAGUGCAUGUAGAACCAGUACUUCCUAGGUAUGAGGCGGAGGAUCGACUUUGUAUUUGUGUCAGGCGACCUUCGAUCAUGGAUCUUGGACCAUUGAUAAUAAAAUUAUACCUUUUUCACAGACUAAACUAAAUAAAAACCUACUGAAAAGUUGAAUAUAAUUACAAAGACUGUGACGACACGUUACUGACACUUUAUUCAACAGAUGAUAAAUGAGACAAAGUGGUAAAAUGUGAAGAAAACCAAAAGAACUCUCCUUUUCUGGGUCUUUCAGGAGGAUAUCCAGUCAAAGCAAAUCUGUGAGCUACGUGCUGGCCUGGGGGGGCAAACAUUGAUUUAUGAUGUCAACCUUCAUUGGACUUAUUCCUAUGACAAAAGAUGGUCAUGCUUUAUGUUGAUUCUUUUCAAUCAACUGAUCCUAAAUAAAAAAUGAAAACUAGCCAUCAUCCUCGCCUGCAUCAUGAUGUAUGUCAAUCUCAUGCAAACUGGGUUGAUUGCGGGCCUUUAGCUCACUCAUCAUAUGCUAAUAUGUUUUUUUAGUGUAUUGUUGAUGUUUUUUGUUACAUGUCUUCAUUUUCAAUUUAUUAGUUCAUGCAUUUCAUUAUGUGUUUUCAAUCUGACAAAGUCUGAAAAGACAGCAGAUGAGGCAGACAGUAGUUCUACAUCCAUCGGCUCAUGUUUGUUCUUCUGUUAUUGCUAAAGUUCAAUAGUAGUCUGUUAAUUUAUGUUUUGAUCUGACUGCAAAGAUGUAGUAUUAUUUUAAAAGUGUCUCAAAUUUGGACUUCAAGUCAAGUAGAGUAUUAAAUAAUGGAUGACCAAUGCUGGACCGACUCAUUUACAAUGAGACAGACUUCUUCAACUAAAGAAGAUGAGGACGACUUUCUGGCUAAAGUUAGAGUUUUUUGUCCAGAAGGAGAGACUUAUGGACUUCAUUUAAGUCAAGGUUAAACCAGAGAGUGGAUUAUCUGGUGUGAGCAUGCAUGUGUUCGAGAAAGCGUUCAUUCUCCAUACGCCCUAUCUAUGUUUUAGUCUAUCAUUCACCUUGAUGUCUUUUGGAGACAUAAUGAACUGCUUUACAGUCCACAUUCUUCAUUGGCCCAAUAUGAACCUGUUAUGUUUAUGGAAUACUCAUGAAAUGAGAUAUGAAACACAAUCAGUGGUCAGUAAAUCUAUCACUGAAAGAGCCUCAGCAGACACAAACUUCAUCACCCAUCACUGUUUUGCUUUACUUUUCUUUCUUUUUAAACAUCUGCAGAAUUUAAAAUGGAAAAUGCCACUUUUCCACACAAGGCAAAGCUAUUAUCUUUACAAACUAAUAGAAGCUUAUUGAAUAUACAAAACUAAAAGAAUUAUGUUGGCCUAUUAAGAUGGAAAGAAGAAGAGUAGAAGUUUAUGUACAUGUUAUCACCAUAGCAAUUCUGGCAAAACCAGAUCAAAUGAACAAGAAAGAAUAGCAACAAAGUGACAAAUCUGAGUCAUCCAUGUGGGCUUCAGCGAGCGGAGGCGGAGAGCCAACUGUGGCGCGCAGGCAGCCGCGCUCUGCGCGCUGCGCUCUGCGCGCUGCUAGCUUUGCCAGCUCUGGCUCAGGAGCUGAAGCUCGUAAUGCUCGUGUUCAGUGUUCCGCCAGCUUCUAUGGAGGUGUUGUUCAUGACAGCCUCAACCCCCGGCCAGCGCCACAGCCGACGGUAGCGCGCUGUAGGCGGCCGCCUCUGCGCUCUUCCUUCCGGCGGUGCUCCUGGAUCAGGGCGUCCCGAAGUGAUCGACGGCUGCGCCGCAGUCGCCUUGGCGGAUGCUGCAGGAAUCCCGAGAGCUCGGCAUGCUGUGUAGCCAAUCCAGGAAACGGCGCUGUUUAGGCUGAGCUCUGCAGCUCUGUGUGGUGGGAUCAACGCUGAUACGAUGGAGGAUUCUGAGAUGGAUGCGGAGGAUUCAAACCUGGGAAAAGCUGGAAAACCAGAUGCGUUUUAUGAUGAGGAGCAUCUCCCCCCUCUGCUGGAAGAUGAGGAAAACGUGUCGCUGGCGGACAUACUUUCUCUGCGGGACGGCUGUCUGUGUGGGGAGGAGGUGUGGGCUGUGUGUGCAGAGUGCCUUCUGGCCUUGCAGAGUAUCAGACCCUCCCACCUCUUCCACACGCUGUGCAUCACACCCGACACCCUGGCCUUCAACGCUCACGGGAAUGUUUGCUUCAUGGAGCAGCUCAGCGACGAUCCCGAGGGCUCCUUUGUGCCUCCGGAGUUUGACAACACUGGCAGCACGUUUGAGGGCCACAUUUAUUCUUUGGGUUCAACGCUGUCUGUGGCACUCAACUUUGUUAUUGAGCCAGAACUGGAGGCAGAUGUAGGAGAAGAAGUCCAGAAGCUGCUGGAGCAGAUGCAGGAGGACGACCCCGAGGAGAGACCACUCCUGCAGGACAUCCUGUCUCUGGCUGAAGUGCAGCUCUGUCACACCUCCUCUGCAGCUGUGUGCAGGAAACUGUCUGCUGUUGGGCGCCGUGUGCUCUCCAUUGAAUCAGUGUCAAACUUUCAAGAUGGACAGGAAGCUUCCUGGGAGGCGAGAUGGCAGCUUUCCAAACCCAGAUAUUUAGUGGAAAGGCUGAGCUCAGAUGAUAAGAGCCAGAACACUUCAGUGUCGCGGCAGCAGGUAUGCGGGGGCUGGGAUUCCUCCCUCUGGGCAGAGGACAUGGACAGCAGUGAAGGUGAUAACACCAUCUUGGCAGAUGAGAUGGACUGCCGGUCUUACAACAGCUCCCCAGUGAGAAGGAGGGCACCGCAGAGGCCGAGCAGGGCAAGGGGGGCCCUUAAUCGCUCCUGUUCUGUUCCUGACUCCAACAACCCCCCUUGUCUCUCCACUCCUACCCACGGAGAUAUCAGCAACCCUAUUUCUGACCUGACUGAGAUCGGAGCAGAUGAGCGACUGAGCUGCCAGUCUAUGUGGAGUGACAGACUGGAGAGACUUAACCGGGGGAAGUCCUGUGAGUCCUACCCCCACUGCAAAGCUGAGGACAGCAAAGAUGUGUUCCAAAGAAAUGAGGACGCAGAGAGCUGCAUCACAGAAAGAAAUAUUCAGGAGAAUCAGGAACGUCCUUCCGAAGCUGGAGCGUCGUCCUGUGCUUCCUGCCGAGAGCUGAAAAUGGAAUCGGACACUUCAGAGGGCCGCAGCACGCUGAACCACAGCCUCUACAUUCCUAAUAACUUCAUGACCAAAAGCAUGCUGUGCCUGAAUGAAGAAUCUCAGGAUGAGUGGAUCUCUCUGAGGGAGCUGCUGACUCGCUGUGGACGGAGGCUGAGCGUGUUUGAGCUGUGGGCUCUGUGUCACACCUGCCUGUCCACGUUGCAAACAUACACGCACUUUCCAGCCUAUUUAUGCCUUGACUCAGUGUACGUGAGCUGUGAGGGAGAGAUGCUCUUUCUGAAACCUAAAAACACUGGAUGCCAGGAUGAGUUUUAUUUGGCCCCAGAGUAUCAAGAACAUGGCAUUGUAACUGAGAAGGUCUGUGUAUAUGGGGUCGCUGGGAUAAUCUGGGCCACAGCCAAAUUCACUUUAUCACCUCAUCAAAAGCUGGCAAUGCCUCGCAAAAUGAAGAGACUCCUCCUGGAAAUGGCUAAGCUUACACCCAUGGAAAGGCCUACUAUUCUUAUGGCGAAAAAAAGCUGCCAUGACAACCUGUCACUCAAGGGAACAAAUGCUGAGAGCGUUUGGAGCAGACUGGUUCGCAGAGUUCACUCAUCUGCCUCUAGAUCUGGGGCUUCAGAAGAUGUGAAUGCACCAGAAGCUCACCAGUGCGAGGAGCAUUCGUCAAUUGGCGGUAGAACAUCCUUAACUAGUUUUAGAAGUCCCUCAUGCAAUAUAUCUUUAUGUUUGAACACUGUCAGGUCAGACUCUGUGGUCAUGGAGGGGGGAGAUCUUUCAGCGGGUGGCAGUGAUGAAAACCCCUCUGAAGUUGAGUUUCUGUUGGAGAGGGAGGAAGGGCUGGAGGAACAAAGGAGCCCGUACUUCCCAGAUGACAUGGAGGACAGCGAAUCUCUGGAGUUUGAGCGACUUUUUGCUCCCGGAUCCAGGGCGGGAGCCAGGGGCCUCUGCUCCGGCUCAGCCUGGGCUUUGGCCUUCUUUGGAGUGGAUUGUUUUGAUCCAGAGGUGAUGGACUAUGCAGCAAAUCUAGGGAUGCACACGAGUUCGCCAAGCCUGGACAUGAAGGCAGAGGAACUUCAGCAGCAGCUGAUUAUUGAGACGAGGAAUCUGAAGAAAACCCGAAAUUUCUACCAAAGGUUAAUUCAGCAGGAGAGGAAAAACAAAGGUUCAGAGACAAAACUGAUGCUCUCCAAGCUAAAGUCCCAGCUUGAAGAACUACGAUCCAAAGUGACCUUCCUGGAUUGCGUAAAAAAAUAUCUUGAGGUUCUGAGUGUGGACCGGUGGGGUUUGGAGGUUUCAUUGCUGCCCUCUCUGGCUGUCUCUGGAAGGGACUCCUGUGAGCUUCAGUCCUCUGAUAACCCCUCAGCCCUGAGCUUCAGUGUCAGCAAGGGGAAGAGUUCACUCCAGGCUGGGUCUCCUCUAGGCCUCAUGGCUUACCUGUAUGCCAGAAAUGCAGCUGUUGAGGGCUACAUCCAGCAGUUCCUGUAUACUUACCGUUUCUUCUGCACUCCUGAGCAGUUCCUGCAGUUCAUCAUGGAAAAAUUCAGCUGUGCCACAAGGGGGGGUCCAAAUAUGUCAGGAGACAUGGAGAAGAUCUUCCAUCGCAGUCUGGAUCUGCUCCAGCUCUGGGUGACAGACUGUAGAUCCGUGGAUUUCAGACAGCGCAGCCUAGUGGAAACAGUAGAAAACUUCCUAAACACUGAAGUGGUUCCUGCGUACAGCCAGGGGGAGGCGCUGCUCCACGCUCUCCACAGCUGCCACACUUCCUCUACAGACACACAAAGGAAAGGAAGCAGUAGUGGACUUGAUGAGGAUGACUCUGUGUGUUUGCAUUCAUCUCUGGAGGAUCUGUGUAGGAAAUGGAGGAUCCCGCGACUGGUGGAGUCCUCAGCCUCCACGCCUAAACAAAAGGCUUUCUCCAUCUCUGCUGCCCUGCCCAUGCCCUGCCAUGGCUCUGUGAUGUCCAGCCUUUGCCUGCAAAGUGAAGAGCAAGUCCCGUUCAGCCAAAACGAGUACAGCGCGCAGCACAUCGCCCAGCAGCUCACGCUCCUGCAGCAGGAAAUAUUUCAAGGAUGUCAUCCAGUUCAUUUCCUCAACUCCAGGAUACAAGGAGUCAGAGACAAAGUCUUAAGUCCAAAUAAGAAUGUGUCACAGCCGAUCCCAGCAGCAGGGGGCAGGGGUGUGCUUGUUCAGGAGGGGGCAGCAGACACUUUCCUUCAGCGGCUGCUCACUCAUGCUGACAGUGUCACAAACUGGAUCUCUGCUGAAAUAGUCAUCUGCGACUCAGUGAAGUCACAAGCUGCCUUGCUGACCAAGUAUUUAUGGAUAGGAAAACACUGCUACAAGUGGAGGAACUUUGCCACAGCCAUGCAGGUCCUUGGCGCUCUGGAAAAUGUGAUUGUCAGGCAAUUACCAGCCUGGAAACACCUGACUUCCAAGGUUUUAGAGAUCCUGGAGGAGCUGCGAGCUGUGCAGGUUUUCCUGAAGAGUGAUGACCUGUGUCUUAUGGGGGGACAACGCACACAUAGGAGGCCCACCCUUCCCUCAGCACACAUCCUCGCUAUGCACGUCCAGCAGCUGGAGAUCGGCGCUUUCACACUCACUACUGGAGCUUACAAGUGGAACAAACUCAGGAGCAUAGCAAAGGUCGUGAGUCAGGUCCACGCCUUCCAGGAGACUCUGUACCCUUACAAGCCAGACAGAGACCUUCAGGCCUACUUGCACAGCCAUAUUACCAGGCUCGCCAACACGGACAUCCACCUUUUGGCAGCUGACAAUGAUGCCAACUUUCAGCAGUCCAGCGAGCGUCAGACGCGAAGAAUCCACAACACUCUGAAGAGAGUGAAGGCCACAUUCCAGUGAAAGCCCCGUAAGUUCACAUCCCAAAGUCAAACGCCUCCAUCGUCCCAGCUCUGAUGUCUCUGUUGCUGUGAUUCUUUUUUUCAUAAGUCUGCAGCAUAACCUUCAGCUUCCAGGCAAACUUCAUCACUUUCAUUCCAGGUUCUGCAGCUAAUCUCCUCUGUUUGAUGUUUGAUGAACUCGCUUUCACACAGAAUAAAGAGACGUGUUUCUUCUUCACAAUGAUUUUCCUUCUGCUCUUUCCUUCAUUUUUGUUUGGCCUUUCAUGUUAUUGGACUGGAACAUACUGUAGAUGCCACUCAAAAAACCAUGAGAUUUGUUUCUUAAAUUAUUCUGUGUAAAAGUAAAAAAGGUGGGGUGUCAGAUAAAAUUUGCAGGUAUAUUUUAUUCUUCAAAUGCCAACCUAUAUUUGUUCAAAUUUCUAUGUUGGAGUACUUGAACUUUGAAGGAAGAUAUGUUCAUUAAGAAGAAGGAAAUGUGACCCUUAUCUCCCAUUAUUUGUAUGAUAAACAGUAUUUCAAUGGUCCAAUACAGGCUGUGUCGGUACGGUUCUUUUCUUUCUGACAAAACCUUUUUAACACAGUUAAAGAGCUGUGUAAUGCUUUAGGAAAGCCCAGGUUUUACCCUGGAGUUACUGCAUAUGGGUAUGGUAGUAUUUGUUUGUAAGUCUGGUGUCCUUAUAUGUGUGAAUAUUGUUGGUGCAGUAAACAACCCAAAUGAUAAAGGAGUGCAGCAGAACAUCAACAACUGUCCCAAGGGCAUUAUAGGUUCAAUGUUAGCUGUGCAGCACCAGCACAAGGAAAAAAAAAACACUGCUGGAGUUUACUGAUGUUUUUUUACAAAUGUAAAAUCUUGUUUUUUUUUUGCAAAGAACAUUUUCCAUUACGACAUUAAAAUCUUCAGUGUGAGAAUGUUAAUAAUCUGAUGUUGACCAACUAAAGGCGAAGUUGUGACUAAAUGUUUCCUUAGAGAUCUGCUAAGAAAGAUGUCAGAGGCUGGAAAUUUGAAAAGUUGAUUUGUACAACGAAGGCUUCUCGCUAAAAGGCUAAAAGAAAAAAACGGACAUUGAAUGGAAGUAAGUUAAUUGAAAUGGACCUUGUUAUUUAUCUUUCUGAACCCAAUUGAUCAGGGCAGAUUGUCAUCUUUACUAAGUCUGAUUGUGCUGCUGCACAGUUUUUGUUUUUUGUUUUUACCUGGGAUUUCAUCAAAAACUAUUCAAUAUAAUCUUUGGGUUCAUAGGUUAAUCAUUUUUUACAUACAGAUGAGGCCAUAAACGAGACACUGGACGCAGAAUCUCUGACCACCUGUUGCAUUUUGAAAACUCUUGUUUGAAAUGAAGGUUUACUGGUAAUCAUGGAUACGAAAUUCAAUUAAAACAGUUUUUGCAGCAGAAUGUUUAUACGUUUAUUUCUGGCGUAAAGUUUGACUUUUUCUUUUGAAGCCAGCCUCUAGAGGCCAUUAAAGGAACUGCAAUAUUUGGUAUAAUCCAGGCUAGCUUCAAGUUUGGAAACAAAAUGUGAGGACUUCAUUAUUAUACAAACUUUAACAAUCUUGGGUGUUUGCCUUUUUUUUGUUUUUUGCAUUGUGUAGCAGCUUUGAUAGAUUUCACUGGCACUUUUUACACGUUCAAUUGCAAAUGUUCCCAGUAUUUUUAAAGUCAGACCUUUGUAUUGAUUGUCAAGUUUAUUUAAAUUCCAGUUUCAGAAAGUAUUUUGGAUCCAGGUUCCAGUUCUGGUCCCUUUGGUGUUUUCUCUAGAAAGACUCCAAAGAGGUACGUGACACACUUAUCCUAAUCAGUGAGCUCUGAACAUUGUUUACUCUGAAACAAUCUAUUGUACACACAAACUGACAGAGACUGUUGAGCAAUGCAAGGAGAGAAGAUCCAUCUCACCUCUUCACAGGUUACUGUAACGUCACAACCACACAGCAACUUUUACUUAGACUACUGCAGUAAACAUUGGGUGUAAUUUCAGUCAGGAUGUGGUAUUCAGAUCCGUAGAAGCCCAGCUACUAAAUCUUUAAUUGAAACAUUACCAAGUUUUUUACCACCAUGUCAAUCAUGCAGCCAGAUCUUAAUUGUUUAUUUUAAUCAAAAUAACUUUUUUUCUUAGAAUGUUUCCAUUUAUUGGUCAAACAAGUUGCAACAGCAACGUUUCUGUUCUCUUUUCAAGAAAUCUCAAUGAUUCAAUUAAAACUCUGAAGCUGUAAAUUAAUAUCUGAUACUGAUUGCACCAAAAGGACAUUAUUUACUGUAAUUGCAUUUAUUUUCAACAGCCUGUUGAUGGACAAGGAGACAAGCUUUCACUUGUCUCAACAUCUUACUGUUGCAGAACAAAUGAUAGAACAUAACAAGCUGCCAUUGUGCAAAUGUUAUUUGAGAAAUGAUGUUCAGCCGGUGUCCAUUUUUCUGUUUCCUGCCAGCUCUCUUCUCAUGAUUAUGUGCUGUGAAACUGGCCGUGGAGAUGGAAUGUGACAUGCUAUGAAGAUUUGCUUAAUUUAGCUAAAUAAAUGAGAUUUACAAGCGCU